AUGCCAGUAAUCGAAGGAACAUACGUAAUAUCUAUGAAGAAUUACACUAUAGUAUGUGAUGGGUAUGGUGAAAAGGGAGUAAAAAAAACUUAUGAAGAUGAAUUUUUUAUAUGUGAAAAUUUGAAGACUUUCAAUAAGGGCCUGCAUCCUAAUUUUAAUUUUUCUUGCUUUUGCCUCAUUGAUGGACAUAACGGAAAAAAUACGGCCACAUUUUUAAAAAGAAAUUUGGCACAAGAGUUAUCAAAUAGUUUUACUACAAUUCAGAAAACAUACGAUGAGACUCUGCCCAUACCAGAUCAUUUCAUAAAAAUUGGUGUAAAUACUGCUUGCAAGAAAAUCGACGAAAAUUUGUUCAUUGAAUUUCCUGGGUGCAGAGAUGGGGCAACAUGUGUUAUUAUUUUAAUAAAGGAUGAUUAUGCAUAUAUAAUAAAUAUAGGAGAUUCGUCUGCUUAUUUGUGCAGAUUCUUAAACAAUUCAAAUCAAGCUAUAGAUUUAGUGGAUACGCACAAACCAUGGGUGAUAUCCGAAAAGGAAAGGAUAAUUAAGCAUGGUGGGAAGAUUGAGAAUGGUCGAGUUAAUGAUAUUAUUGAUGUAACCAGAUCAUUUGGCGAUUUUAUGCUGAAGAAAUAUGGAUUGUUAUGCACAGGGACAUUUAAAAAAUUUAAAAUAAGUUCCGACGACAAUUUUAUUAUCAUGGGUACGGAUGGUUUUUUUAGCUUUGUGGAUAUUAAUUAUGUUACAAAUGAGAUAAUUUCUCUAUCAAGGAAGGAAGAAAGGAUGGUGAAUGUUGAAAAAAAAAAAUCAUUGUUUGACGCCAAGAACAUUUGUAGAAUUAUGGUUGAGCAUGCUAUUGUAGAUAAGAAGUCACAGGACAAUGUCACAGUUGUUUUAAUAAAAUUUUUACACAAAUGA